UUGCCUGCCUUGGCCUGCAGUCGCUGCCCAGGCGCAACUUUUGAGCUUUAGGCUGCAGCCGCUGGCCUAGGCGGCUGCCCCAGAAACACCAACUAGGCACGGCUAGAACCCCUGGCCCCUUGCUCAUCCAGUGGGCAGGGGAUGGGCGAUCAGUUCCGUUGACCUUGAGGGUGGGAAAGUCUAAGGAUUCCACAAGUGACAUCAUAAUCAUCUCCAAGAAGGGAGACAUUUCCCAGGAAAGGACUCACUGCCCCUCUCUUGCACCCUCCUCUUUGUUUCCCCGCUUCUCCCCUCCUUACACCUCCUUUUUGCUGCUCAGGUGCCCAUCCUCUGGGCUUCAAAGGAGGGGAGGGGUUUCGCAGAACAAGAAGGAUCCUCUCUCUACAAAUGAGCACCCUGCUACCUGUUCCAAAGAAGAGACGACAGGCGGUUUCCCUUCCUUUCAAGCACUUACCCGUCCUCAUUCUGCUGCGGGAGCUCUGGACCUCUCUCUGGCUGCUCUCCUCUGUCUCUGUGGACAAAGGGGCAGACUGCCUUUCUAAAUCCAGCCGUCUUUGAUCCUUUCUGCUUUCCCUCCUAAACAGCUGAUGCUGUCAAUAUCUAUCAGGGGUAUUAGUGGAAAAUGAACAGGCUCCAACCCUUUAGGAUUCAAGCUGAAUAGGGAGGUUGUGGAUCAGGAUUAAGGAAAGUCAGAAGAGAGGAAUUUAGCAAUGUUGGGGAUUAAAAGCAAGUGUUUUGGGGCAUUACAACUGAAUAGGGAGCUGAAUCUCGUUUCAAGACUUGGCUUUGGAGCUUAUGACAUAGGGUGACCCUUAGCUUCUAUGUAACUCCUUAGCCAGCAAAGCACACAGGCUUUUAGUUCUGCGUCUGCUAUUGUCUUUCAUUCUGGGAGCCAGCCAGCCACAGUGGCCCACAUAUUUAACCCUAGUACUCUAGCAGCAGGGACAGGCAGAUCUCUGUGAAGUUAAGGGUAGCCUGGUCUACUAUUGAGUUCUGGGCCUGCCAGGUCUACAUAGUAAGACCAUGUCUCAAAAAACAAACAAAACAACUUUCAUUCUGAGCAGGUUGCUCCAUCUCUCUGGGUCUGGGUCUCUUGAUACAGACUUUUUUUUUUUUCUUUUGAGACAGGAUUUCUGUGUGUAGCCCUAGCUGUCCCGGGACACACAGAGAGCUGAGCGCCUCGUCUCUGCCUCCUUGAGUGCUGGGACUAAAGGCGUGCACCACCAUGCCCAGCCCUUGAUAUACAAUUUAGAAUCAAAAUCAAAGUCAUACAUUAAAAGCACACUGUAGGGUCUACAUUGUGAAAGUGUACAUCCUGGGAGAUUGUCUCCCCCAUAAAAGCUCUCAGGAGGACUGAGGGCUGGAGUUACAGCAUGAGCCCUGGAUCUGAUUCCCAGACAGCCCCAGUCAAGAGCAAAGGAGAAGAGGAGGGAGGGAAGGAGGGAUUAGGAGGUGAUGGGGGAGAGGGCUACAGCUGGGAUACAAAGUAAAGUGUAAUUAAUAAAAAUUAAAAAAAAAACCAGCCCCAGUCAAAAUAAACAAAACUGAGCAGGGUGGCUCAUGUCAGUCAUUCCAGUACUUGGCAGGCUAAUGACCAUAAGUUGAAGGCCAUCCUGGGCUACAUGAGGAAUUCCAGGGCAGCCUGUGGCUAUGUGAAAUGGUCACAAAAAUAAGUAUAUAAACAGAUGAAACACAGAACCUGGGAUUUAUGUAUUCCAAUAGGACAUUGGAUAUAUACAGCCAACCAACAAUGACUGAGCAAUUUUCAUGGCUCUGUGCAUCCAGAGGCAAUGAAAUACAGGUGGGGUUUCACCAUGUAGUCAAGGCUGGCCUUGACUGUCCUGUGCAGCCCAGGUUGACUACCAGCUUCUUGAUCGUCUUUGGCUCAACCUCCCCAGUGCUGGAAUCACAGCUGUGUAACACCACACAUAUAAGCAGGUUGCCCAGCUGGAAGAGAGGACGUGUGGCUGGUAUAGAGUCCAGCGGUGAUGGUGAUAUGUCUUCCUUCUCCUCUGAAGGUGACAGAUGUUGCUGGAAACACCAGCAGUGUGCGGGGCACAUCAUCCACCCCUUCUCGGACUGUGGCCAUCACAACCGGCAGAUACACACCAUCAGCCCCUGCGACUGUGAAUUUAGGCUGAAGGACUGCUCAGAGAAGACAAAAAAUGGCAGCUCCCGAGAUGUAGGCCCGACCUGCUCCAGAGAUGAGGGCUCAAACUGCUUCAACAUCAUCCAUGCCCCUUGCUUUGAACUCAUCCCAGAGGAGGAGGAGUGUGUGGACCGGAUCUGGUACAGCUGGUGCGAAAGCUACAAGCCCAUCUCUGUGGCAGUAAUCCACCAUCCCAUCUACCCUGACUGUAGAGCAAAUGACCUAAAUGAGGAUGAGGAUUAUGAAGAGACCCUGCUUCCCACCCCAACUCAGCUGUGUCCUGUACCUACUAACCCAGACAUCAGGUCUGUAGCCACACCUCCUAACCAAGACACCGGGUCAGUCUCUGGGGUCCCCGACUCAGCAGCGCCCAUCACCAUCUGGCGUUCUGAGAGCCCCACAAAGUGUCAUGAGAGCAAGGUCAUCCAGAAGAUAAAGAAAAAGGAGAAAGAGAAAGAAAAAGAAAAAAAGAAAGAGAAGGACAAGGAGGAUGAGAUGGUGGAUGAGAAGGUAGAGGUGAAGAAAAAAACCAAGAAGGGCAAGUUAAUUAAGAAGAAAUGCCCAGUGAAGUCAGAGUCUUCCCCUCCAGACCUGAGCACAUCACUGAGCCCAAGAGAUCUAGCCAGGACAUCAGAAUCCAGCCCUGAAAGCAGGGAAGAGCUGGGGAGCGAGGACAGUUAUGAUCGGGUUAAAGAGGGGCCCUCCAGUGAAGAGAUUGUAGAGGCAUCAUCAUCGCCCAGGAAGAGAGAGAAGAGCACUGCCAAAAAGAGUGGGACAAAGACCUUACAAACACGGAAAAUAACCAAGAGAAAAUCUCCCCCAGCAUUCAACCCCAAUCUCAGUUGAGGCCUGGGCAACCAGAGUUAAAUAAAUCAAGCCUGUAACUGAC